AUGAGUUUCUUCCUCCGACCAUUUCAACGAACUCUCACCUCCUCCAAGCCAUCCAGAAAGUCAGGUCAACGACGCAGAGCUAGCUGUUCCGAUGCGAACAAUGUACCUCCAUCCUCCGAUACCCUUGAUGCCUCCGACGUCUUUUUGAAUGAAGACGAAGACACGACCCUGACGUAUGAUGCCUCCUCCUCCUCAGUCGACGUUAUGAUUAGCAAUAGUAGCAAGAGUCGAAAGCAGGAAGGCAAGACGAAGAAUGAUAAACAACAACAACAACACAACAAGAAACCAUCAAACAGAAGGGCGUCCGUUGGUUCCGGCGGAAGGAAGAAACGUGACCACCGGCGAAAAACGACCACUUCAACAGCCAUGGUGGAGCAAAAGUUUCUGAGUGACUUGAAUGAGCUGGCGGAAAUUGAAGAGUUUGUCAAGAAAAUGUCAGCAUCUUCCAAAGGGGAAAAGCUCUUGCAAGAACACUUGAAAAGUCGCCCAUCGACUGUGGGAGGUAACGCGUGA